GAGACAUGUGGGUUUGCAGCAUGCUGCGAGGGUCUCGAGUCGUUCCGGGCCUGCUGCGGCAGGGGCUGCCCCCAACGUUGUGCUGCCGCCUGGCCAAUUAUUCCGUCUCUGUCGAGCCCUCCCGGGUCCGAGCGCUGAUCUAUGAGCACCAUGGGGACCCAGCCAAGGUCGUCGAACUGAAGAACCAGGAACUAGCUGCUAUGGGCGGAUCGGACGUCCGUGUGAAGAUGCUGGCAGCCCCUAUCAAUCCAUCUGACAUAAAUAUGAUCCAAGGAAAUUACGGCUUACUUCCUGAGCUACCCGCUGUUGGAGGGAACGAAGGCGUUGGACAGGUGGAAGCAGUGGGCAGUGGCGUGACUGGCUUGAAGCCGGGAGACUGGGUAAUUCCAGCCAGUCCUGGCUUGGGAACCUGGAGGACCGAGGCUAUGUUCAGUGAGGAAACACUGAUCAGAAUCCCAAGUGACAUUCCUCUUCAGAGUGCUGCCACCCUGGGUGUCAACCCCUGCACAGCCUACAGGAUGCUGAAGGACUUCGAGCAGCUGCAACCAGGGGAUACCGUCAUCCAAAAUGCAUCCAACAGUGGAGUGGGGCAAGCAGUCAUCCAGGUCGCUGCAGCCCUGGGCUUGAGAACCAUCAAUGUGGUCCGAGACAGACCUGACCUCCAGAAAUUGACCCAAAGACUGAAGAAUCUGGGGGCUGACUAUGUUCUUACAGAAGAGGACCUCAGAUCACAUGAGAUGAAAAGCUUCUUUAAGAAAGUGCCUCAGCCUCGGCUUGCUUUUGACUGUGUCGGUGGGAAAAGCUCCACAGAGCUGCUGCGGCACCUGGCACCUGGAGGAACCAUGGUGACCUACGGGGGAAUGUCCAAGCAGCCUGUCAUUGCCUCUGUGAGCCUGCUCAUUUUUAAGGAUGUCCGAAUUCGAGGCUUUUGGUUGUCCCAGUGGAAGAAGAACCACAGUCCAGACGAGUUCAAGGAGCUUAUCCUCACGCUGUGUGAGCUCAUCCAACGAGGCCAGCUCACGGCCCCCACCUGCUCCGAGGUGCCACUGCAGGACUAUCAUCAGGCCUUGGAACAAUGCAUGAAACCCUUCGUGUCUACCAAGCAGAUUCUUACUAUGUGCUGACUCCAGAGGUGAACUGAGAGGGGAGUUGGGGUCACAGGUUUGGGGGCCUCAUCCUCUACAGGCAGCUCCUUUCUUCACUGUCACUUCCAACCCUGAGAAUUGUAAAUAUGGCCAAAGAUGAAGUAUAUAAAAUAAAGUCUGAAUUUCCUUAAGACAUCCAAACAAA